AUGACAUCCGGGUUUUUAUUCAAAUGCAGCAGCUGAUCGCCGAAAAGAACAGACUACUCGACCAUUGUCAACGUUAAAUUUGCGCUUUAGAAAAUACUAUGAAACAUUGUUGAACAUUUAAAUGUAACAUAAAUUAUUUUAUUGGUAGGUGACCCGAGGAGAGAUACAGUACAUUAUCGUGAGCUUUGAAGCGUGAUUAAAUUUGAUAAGCAAACAUUUUCAUUUGUAUUGAAAAUGGCGGAAGUAGCCACACAAAUUUCUGAAACUGGACUUUUGAUUGCAAAUGAUAAACCCGUAAAAAUGUACAUCACAGAUUAUAAUUGUAAAUUAAACAACAUCGCACAACCAUCAUUUAUUAAUGGAUGUCAAUUGAAAAGAGAAGACAACAAAGAAAACGAAGGAAAUCGUGAGCACAUGGUGCAGGGUCAAAUGCCACCAACAUACCAGUUUGCUGCUCAACCAGGGCUUACACAAGUAAGCCUUGCCCAAGCUGGUUUAACACAAGCCGGACUAACACAAGCUGGCCUAACACAAGCAGGUUUAACACAAGCAGGCCUAACCCAAGCUGGCCUACACGUAGCUCAAGCCGGACUUACCCAAGCUGGACUUGCCCAAGCCAGUCUUGCCCAGGCAGGUUUAACCCAACCUGGCCUGACAGAAGCAGGUUUACAGGAUUAUCAACAAGUAGUCGUUAGUCAGGGUACCAUGCCAGUGGCCUCAUCUGAAGGCACAUCACCUUUAAAAACAGAACAAUCAACAUUUACCACGACUGCCGUCACUCCCAAUGGUGGGAUUGAACAGCAGACGGUAAGAGCCAGGUCGAUAAAUGGUCAGCCGUUGAAUAUAUUGAUGCCAACAUCUCACUAUGAAGAAAUGCAGCUUGGAAUUGGACAGCAGCAAACAGAUUUAGAAAGUGGAGAAGCUUUAUCGCCAGAUUCUGCCAACCAAUCAACAUCUUCAGCCUCACAGGGGAACGGCUCGGGACCGAAACGUCUCCAUGUGUCAAAUAUCCCAUUUAGAUUUAGAGAAGCAGAUUUAAAAAGUUUAUUAGGGCAGUUUGGAAAAAUUAUAGACGUGGAAAUCAUUUUUAACGAGAGGGGCUCGAAGGGAUUUGGUUUUGUAACUUUCGAAAGUAGCGCAGAAGCAGACAGAGCACGAGAGAAAAUGAACGGCACUGUGGUUGAGGGACGAAAGAUUGAGGUUAACAAUGCCACUGCCCGAGUCUUGACCAAAAAAUCAGUUGCUGCACCCACUAUCCCAAAUGCUGCUGCACUCCGAGGAGUAGCAUUAACGAGAGGGAGGGCUGCAGCAGCAGCAAUAGCCAAUCGAGGGGUUUAUAGUGCUGCGGCACUAGCUGCUGCUGCUGCUGUGCGGCCACAACAGUUAGCACAGGCUGCCACAGCAUUACCUUUUCCUGGUGGACUGAUUCAAGAUCCAUAUUUGGCAGCCACAUACGCACAAGCAGCUGAACGAGGGUACCAGAUAAUAACUACACAGCCCUACCCAAUGGGAGCAAGAAUAGCUAUCCCACAAAUGGCAACAGCUCAAAUGUUAGGAGGAAACACAUAUACUGCAGCCUCAAUACCUGGAUUGACAGGGAGAGAAUAUGCAGAUCCAUAUUUAGGACACAGUAUUGGACCAGUAGCAGGUUAUGGGGCAACAGUGUAUCGAGGAGCAUACCAGCGAUUUGCUCCCUACUGAUAAGGCUCGUCAUAUGAAGAGGAUAUUCUGUGGUGAUUUUUACAGUAUUGUUAAUGGACAGCCAUUAUACAGAGAAGUGCAAUGCUAAUAUUUCAGUGCUGAAUUGGUGCUUUCUGCAAUUGUUUAACUUAUUUAUUGAAGAAACUUAAAGCACUGUUGAGAUUCUCAUAUGCUGCCAAUGUUAUAUUUCACCUUCCAUUUUGUAUUUGUGAUUCUGUGUAGAUUUCAGGCUCUGUGGAGAAAAUGAGAUAAGAUUAACAGCUACUAGUAAAAUCUGAUCUAUUGAUAAGGAUCUGCAAAAUGGAGACACUACGCAAUUUGAUGUUUCACUAAAACUACGCAGCUUUUGAACUAUUUGUUUUUUAAAAAGCAGAAAUUUAUACUUGUUAUGUUUUGGUACCUUUUAGGUUAAAGUUUCAAAUUCAAAAUUGGGCUCCAAAAAGGGAUUUGUGAAACUUAAAUAAUGUUUUCCCAAUAUUUACAUAGAAUCACAAAAUAUACCCAUGCCACAGAAUUAAUAUUUGAGUCAUAAUGACACUGUAUAAAAAUACUCAUGUGGUGAGCUUUAUUUUGAUCAAAUGUCUAGUCAAUUGUCACACUUGUUACCUCAUCCAUGAAUUAUAUUGAUGUGUUUCAAUUCUCAGUAACUUCACAAAACUGCCUGUAUCCUUUGAUUCUAGUCUACACCCAUUGAUAAAACAUAAGGGCAGUGAUGAUUCAUAAAGUCACAAGUUUUAUCACUGUUGAUACAUUUGGACAUUAUCCAUAUUGUAAGAACACAUUUUUUUCUCCAUCAAAAUUGCUUACUUUUCAUUUUUAUUAUAAGUUGAUUAGAUCAAUUAAGUGUACUGCAUAUUGAGUAGCUUUGCUGUCAUAUCCUUACGCUUAAUGAAUUUACUGAGAAUUGAAAUGAUUGGCAGCUGACAGAAGAGCUAGCCAUAUUUUAAGACUUUUGUCACAAGGUAUCAAAUGAAAAAGAUUUGUCUUCCAUCAUGGUGUUGUUCAGGUCGAAUGAUGGUUACAAUAAUACAUUGAUAAUUAGUCACCUAGUCUUUGUCAGCAUACUGUGAAAUCUGUGAUGUGUUUUAUAUUUGACUUCCAAGCUAGAAAAUUUUUAAAACCUAAAAAUCAAUUUGGAAUUUUUGCUACAGAAAUUAUUGGAUAUGGAGUUAAUAUGAUUUAAACAAUUGAAUAUAAGAAAUGAUUUGAUUUUUUUGUUAAUCUUCACAGAAAUAUAGUGUAACUUAUGUUAUAAUUUGAAAAUAUUUAAAUUCAAAAUGCCUUUGAAAAUCAUUUUUUCUGUUAAAAAUACCUAUGUUGGGUUAACUAGCACAUCACAUUUCACACUUUGUAGACAGUUUGUUUUCAAAAGUCACUGGUAGAUUUGAUCUGAUCUAGGUCAUAUAGGUGCUUUAUUUUACCAUAUUUAUUGUGCAAUUUUUUUUUUAUGUUGUUCUAUUUUUCAUUAUAAAUUUUGUUUGUUUAAAUAUACUGUACCUUUACGAAAAGGUAUGUUAUAGUGUUUGCAAUGUGGGUUUGGAAGAAUUCACAAAAUACUGAGGAGUUAGUUAGGAGUCAUACUUCAUUUUGUUGAAAUUAAAUUCAUUAAUUCUUCCAAUGAGAGAAUGAGAUUUUUUCUUUGUGAGACGGUAUGAUGUAUGAAUGUUUUGAGAUGUAUAAUGUAUAAAUGGUUUGUUAAUCUGUGAUGUCUGAGUAUUAUAAAGUGAAAGCUAGUCUCUUUAAUUGUUCAAGUGAUGAAAAAUCAUAUUUAAAAAAUUGUUCACUUUAAAGUUAAUAUUUAACAUGUUAAUGAACUUGCCAAAAUGCUCUUGCCCUUAUAUUAUUGGUUAUUGAUUUUUUUGUGUCAUAGUUCAUGAAUCUCCCCAGGGUUCAGGAAGUGCUACUAAGGGUCCAUAACAGACAGCUACAAUAUUCUGACUUCACAGUUUUAAACAACAUUUAAGAGUUUUACCACAUAUUUAUAUAUGGAGAAAAUGUGGUGAUUUAAUAUAAAAAUUUAGAAUUUAACACAGAAACAACUUUAAUGAUAAAACUUGAGGCAUUUUUUUUAAAUUUUCAAUUCAUACAAUUGUUAGUUUGAAGUCAACACAUUUGUUUGCUCAGACUUCAGUUAAAAAUUCAAAACUUUUUUUAUAGGGAAAAAUAAGACUCAGGGAUGAUGGACUCUUUAUUUAAAAGAAAAGCAUUGCAUUGUCAUAAAAUGAUAUUUAGCAAUUUUUUGUUAUUUUUGGCAUAAUACUAAAGAAAUGUGCAAUACAGUCUAAAUACGCAAUUAUCUUAUUACCUACCAGAUCCUUAUUUAUUUUAUAGGGUUUCCUCUUUUCAAAUACCCAAUUAAUUAUUAUUUAGUAGCAUUCAAGAAUUUACAGAAUAGAUAAUAGAUUUGUUUUAAAACGAAAGCAAUUGUAGUUACUUCCUUUAAAAGCAUUUCUUGUCUUUUUACAGCCUUCCCUCGAUCUGAUAUUAUUUGUUUUUAAAUGCAAUCUCUUGUUUUUUGGGAUGAUUUAUAUUUUACUUGUAUGUACUUCCAGUUUCAUAAUGUUGUUGGAUUUAUUUUUACAUAUGUUGUUUAUAGAGCUACACUUAUCAAGGUCAAUUGACUCUUGGAAGUAUUGUUCAAAUUUUUAUUGAUAAUCAAAAUAUUAUCUGCAAAUGUCAAAAUACAGCAAAAUUUUUAACAUAAUUAAAACUGUUUUUGAGUUGUUCAUUUCCCUUCCCUUACACGCAAUUUAUCCCAAAGACGCAAAAAAAUAUGUAAAUAAACAAACACAUAUGUAGCCACCUCGCAAACAGAUAAGUGCUAGUUAGCAAGCCCUCAAUUCAUUAACUCCACAUUAUAUAUAUAUACUUUGUGUGAAUAUAUGUUGCUUUUUUUCCUAAUUUUUGUCAUGUCCUUUCAUAAUAGUCUAAUAUCCGUUUUGUCUCUUUUUAUUAACUUAAUUGAUGUCUUGUUGUGGCAGCAGCAGACAACUGAUGCUGCUGCCCCCUGUUGUACUUACAGGCAUGUCCAGGGGCAUGAUGGGAAUUGAGCAUGAAUAAAGGAAUGAUUUCAGUGAGAUUUAAUAAGCAUGUUAUUAUGAAUGUAUGAUUGUGCUUCUAUCCCUAUACCUGAGAACUGAUCUUUCUCUGGCAUGAAAUCUUUUUAACUUAACCUUCGCAUAUUUAGACGUGAGAUAGUUAUUCUCUGUAGCUAUGAAAUAACCAGAAUUUAGAUGUAACAUUCCAACACUUUUUUUUCCAUUGUAUGUUUACUUCUUUAUAUUACUUUCUUUAUAGGACAUGUGUUUUUUCUCUCUUGUAUUUGAAAUUCAUUUUGUGUCUUUUUUGUGUAAAUUUAUCAGUUUAUUGUUUAGUUUAUAUAUGUAGUAUUUAUUGAUGAUUGUAUGUAAUAUAAGAAAUUGACUAACUUUUUACACUGUGUUUAAAAAUAACAUUGAAAGUUCAAAAUCUGAUUAAGGGUUUUCCCUCUAAUAGGUCUGGUUUUCUGCUGGUCCUCUGGCUUCCUCCACAAUAUAUGAUAUAGCCAAGGGUACUGCAAGUAGAAAUGGCAUUAAACACCAACAAUGGACCAUCUGUCAGAGAUUAGAUCUGUCUUAUUGAGCUAGAUAAAAUACAACCACAUCUGCCAAUAAAUUGCAAUCAAUAGAAAUAUAUAGGUUCAAGGGGAAAUAACUAGUGAAAAAUUUAACUACGCAUGAUGAGCUGUGAUUAAAUAUUUGAACUUUCAAUAGUAUUUUUUUAUACACAGUGUAACUUAUAUCAAGAGUGUUGAAUUCUUUUUAUCAAGAAAUGGAAGUCACAACCAAGUCAGCAUUAUCUUUAUAGUUGAUAAAUUUCACGGUGAUUUUGAAAUUUAAAAAAAACACUCAUUAAAUAUUUUAAAUGCAAUAAGUUAUAGCUUUUAGUUUACAUGUAUAUGAUAUUUAAUGUAUUAGUUAAUUAGUUAGUUUUCAAAAAAAAUAAUUAAAUGGCUGAUGGAAUUUAAAGAAAAUGACAAUAAAUUGCCUCAAGUGAAAAUAGGAUUUAGGUUUUUCAUGCAUUUUACCAGGUUGGUUGAAUUUUAAAGAAGAUAUAAUUUCCAAAAUUUUUCAAAAUUUUUACUGUUAGCGUUUCUUGAUGAAAUAUAUUGACAAAUCUUGAUAUAAUGAGAGGAGUUGCCUCAGAGCCCUGCAUGAAUGGAAUACAUACAGGAAUAAUAUUGAGGGCAUUUUUUCUUGCAUUUUGUUAAUAUUGAUAUUAUAGUUCACACAAGCUUCAAGUUAAUUGAUCCACACACUUAUAUAUUGUAAUACAGAUAUGAUUUAGAGCUUCUUUCAUGCACUAUGGAUAUUCUGUUUAUGUAUAUACAUAAAUAUAUUUAACCUCUUUGCCACCUUUUGAACAGUUUUUGUGUCUAACAACAUUGUGUGUGACCUUGUUUUUUUCCAGAUGCAAAUAAACUGUCAUUAUGUGUAUUUA